AUGGCAGGAAUUAAAGUCAGCUCAUAUUUUAUCAAUAUAUCACCUGAAGAAUGGAAAUUUUCCGAGUUUUACAAGUAUCGCCAGCAAGAAAAUGACUUUACCAGCUCGUUUCGGAAGGAAGCUUUUAUACUUAGGAGAUCUCUCGAUUAUCUUAUGAAAGAAGGCUCAUCAGAAGUCAAGAAUUAUGCUACUCUAUUGGAUAAAAAUUUCAAGGGUCAUCGUACAAAUGAUAUGGAUUCAAAGUUAUUCUGGGACAAGAUCGAGUUACAAUUAGAUUUUCAUGCUGAAAUUGAAAUGAGAGAGAGGGAGAUGCGGUUAGCCAAGGUUGGGACAGCAACUGGCAUUAUGAAAAGGAUUGAUGGAGCUCUGAAUGAACGUUUCAUUCAGACUGAUGAACGGGUCCAAACGAAACGGAAAAAAAUGGACCAACCACCACAUCCUCCUCCAGAUCAAAUCUAUUCGUUAGAGUUCUCAGAUUCGAAUGAUGGGCGAAUUUAUAAAGAGAUUUAUGAUGAUAACAUUAACGAUAAUGCUGAAGAAGAUAUCUAUCUAAAAAGCAUCCAUUUAUCUCAGGAGACUUUACAGAAUGUAAUGGAGGAAAUCCGUAAAAUAGUCGAAAAAAUAAGAUCUAUAGAAUAUCGUCUAUUUGAUUAUCGAAUCAUUAAUCUUUCAGAACGAAAUGUUACAAAUCCCGUUAAUAAGUUGUCAAAAUCCGAAAAGCGCAUCUUAAAAGAUAUUUGGAACUCGUUAGAACCGUCAGGAAAAGUAAAGACGAUUCGCCUAAAUAAAUGGGAAAAUGUUCUACAGCCUCUUAUACAAAAGUACCAAACCCACUUGGAAAAUAAAUCUGUUUUUGAUGUGAUUUCCUUGGAUGGUACUAUCGAAAAUGUUCUUGAGAAACCGUAUAUUGGAACUUUUAUUCACAAAGAACAUUAUGAUCUUUUAUGGAUACAGGAUAUUUAUAAACGAUUUCUAUUUCUUUUCAAUGCACCCACUAACUUACUACAGGAUCCAGAUCAAAACGAACUUUCUUACCGAGAAAAUUUUGUGAAUCCUAUAAUUGUCAAAGCUUUCGACGACAUUAUGGAUUUAGUCAAAGUAAAAACGGGGGAGGUAGAAAACAAAUCAAACAAAGCUCAAAGAAACGAAACUCGACAAUAUCGGCAACGGGUUAGCAUUGGGUGUUCUCAGGACGGGAUAUACUCAAUAAAUGUAAAUGCUAUUAUUUUGGAAGUAGGAUUCUUAGAAGUUAUCGGCAACGCUCUUUAUACUGAUGUCAAAAAAUUAAAUGAAGACACCGAAAAAGUGUUUAAGUGUAUGCAAAUUUCCAUUUAUUACCAACGUCAACACUAUUUAUCACGUGGAGCAACAGAACAACAAGUAUCUUCUAUAGAGUCAUACGGAAUUAUUGUCUACCAACGAAUGUUUACAUUUUAUGUAAUGCAUCAAACAAAUGGAGGUUUACACGUUGUUGAUAUUAUAAAAGAAUUUAGUAUACCAAGUACUAAGGAUCAAUUGUAUAUCUUGAGAGAAGUCAUCGAAAAUGUUUAUUUAUUUAAGAACAUUUUAAAAAGAUCAGAGAAAAGCGAGAGUAGUGAUGCUCAUGACCCAAUUGAAAACCGAAAUAUUAGUGACAAUGGUUUACAUAAAAAAAAUAAACCUGAAAAGAAUAAAGUGUUAUAUGAGGAACCCGAACCAUCACCACAUUCAUCAUCAAGAGAAUUUACAAAUAUUAAUUCAAUAUCAUCAGUAAGAAAUUUUGCUACUACUUUGAUAGCACCUUCUAUCAGUUCGGAUUCAUUAAAAUGGCAUGAUUUUUUGAGAAGUAAAAGUGAUGAUGUCAAUGAUGAUAACUUGACAAAAAUAGAGAACAAUAGCAUUUCUCAUAAAUCAACCACAUCUGAUAUUAUUCAACAACAGGAUGAUAAUUCAGGAACUUUAUUAUACAAACACAAUAGCCACGUUGACAGUGAUUCAGAUCCCAUUUUGAACAAUAAAAAGAUCAAAUCCACAAAAAUAAAAAAAGACAAAUUGAAAUUAAUUGGGAAAAAUAACAAAAGAAAAUCAAAAGCAUUAUAUAAUUGUUUAUACUCUAUAAAUGUCACAGAAUUAAAUUCUAUUUCAAAUAAUGAUUCAAAUAAUCUGCCAAUAAACCAAGCAACUAAAAUAUCAACUCGAGAUAUAAUCACUAAUUCUUGUCAUGAAAAAGAUUAUACUAGCACAUUAUCAAUACCAUUGCCAACAAUAACUACUACAUUGCUGCUACCACCAUUAGAAUUAUUAGCAAAGAAUGCAAACCUUUCUCCAAUCAAGACCAAUUCAAUUGAUGAUGGUUACUGCAAUUAUAGUGAUGGUGACAAUGAAAUCGAAUUUGUAGAUUCACCAACUUUGAAAUACUCACGUGUCAAAAAUUCUAAAAAUAUUUAUUAA